AUGAUGCAGAUGCCGCUUGGAUUCGGGGAUGGCGGGCUGGAGGGCAUGUGGAAGCGAGCAGCCGCAGGAGCGAAGGUGCUGGCAAGAGAUGCCAUGAAGGGAGGAACGCAGGUAGUUCACAAGAUGUCGGAGGUUGACGUCAAGGGAGCAGCGAAGCGAUUGACACAGAAAGUGAUGGAGAGAGCAGAGGGAAGCGGGUUCACUCUAGUCGAGGAGCUCCCAGAGAUCGAAAACGCCAUGGCAAACCUGAAGCAGACUGAAGCUGCUUACAAGGAGCUACUGGCUGUUCUCAGAGAGGCUUUCUCCGCUCAAGUGCAUGUCGUUUCGAAACAACUGAGAGUUGCAAACAAAGUCGAGGUGAUCGGGUCUGACCUUGAGGCAAUGGAGGUUGGUCGUGUGCUCUGCAGCUACAGUAGGAACCUUGUCACUUGCUCUGAGCGUGCAAGAGAUUUGCAGUAUAUCAAGGAGGCAGCAGACGUCUUGGAACGAGCGCAGGACGAUUACGAUUACAAGAGCUAUGAUUCGCCUGCCUCAAAACUUGUACUGGCUCUGGACACUUUCAUCAAGGAGGAGCUUGCAGAGGCCAUGGCAGCCCGUACGAGGUACAAGGACAACAGACGAGAGGUCAGUCUGAAUAUCAAGAAAGUCCAAGACCUAGAGGCCAAGGGGCACGCGGACAAGGCUGCUUCCGUCAAGACGACGAUCGAGCAAGGCAAAGAGCAGCUGCAACAGCAUCGGGAUGAGCUGAUGCGGCUGUUCAUGAACGUUGAGCAGAAGAAGCCGCUGCUGCAGUCGGCUGUGCAGACGUUCCUGCAGGCACAGAUGCAGUUCCAUGAGGACUGCUUGAAGUCAACAGAAGAGGCUCUGGUUCAGUGCAAGGGGUAA